GGCGUUUGCUUCCAUUGCUCUCUCUCUCUCUCCUCCCCCAAAUCCCAAUCUCUUCGUCUCCUCUUGUUAGGGUUAGGUCUCGCUUCGCUCGCCGCGGCGGAUUCUACUCUCUCUCUCGAAUUCUCCGGUGAAACUCUGGCGAUCUGCCAUGGCGACAGCGGCGGUGCUCAGAUCCCACGACGUGCUGGACAACCGGAUGCAUCUGGAGGCGUUCAGCGUUUCUCCGGCGUCGAAGCCUCGGCGGAGGAGGCACACCAAGCCGGCGGCCGGUUCGGUGACCGGGUCGCCGCCCACGAAGAUGGCGGUGGUGAGUUCGCCGGUUGUUAAGACGGCGAGGGUGGCGUCACCGCCCCCUAAGGCCACGACGGCGACGGUUGCACAGGGUCGUCGGUCCCCGCCGGCGAGGCCGGCGGCGGCACGGAAGCAGGGGUCUCCUACGAAGGAGUUGCCCAAGCAGAAGCUUGUGAUGGGGGAGAUCAGGAUCCUCAAGCGCGGCGAGGAGCCACCGGCGCCGGCGCCGGCGCCGUCGCCUGCCCCGGUUGCGGCGCAAGCCGCUCCGGUUGUCUCCCGCACCCCGGCUGCGGUGCAAGCCGCUCCGGUUGACCAGCGGAUACCCCGUGUUCCGGUCGUGGCGCAAGCCCCGCCCGUUGACCAGAAGGUUCAUCGUGCAACCAGAUCGAAGCAGCAGCAUCCGGCUGCCGUGCCGACCAAGAGCAAGUCCGUGCCCAACGCAGCAGGCUACGCCGGCCCGGCUUUCUCCUCGGCCUCGCCGGAGCCGAGCUCCCUCCCCUUCCCCGCCUUCAUCAUGCGCGCGGAGGCCGAGGCUACCCGCGGCCUCCGCUGCCUCCUCCGCAUCGGCGAGCUCCCUUGACGGCCCAUACCGCCGUCUUGUCCGGAGCCGUGACCCUAUGCGCGCUCCUCCUCUCAGUCUACUCCUUUUCUUCCCUUGAUGAAUUGAUAGCAUGGUGGUUUCGAUCCGAUCGAAAGCUUGUCCGGAUCAGAUCCCGGCGCCGUUCCGAUCAAACUCCCCCGGUAUUUUUUCAGAGGGGAGAGUUUGGGGGAACUCCGGCCGGUGGUUGGAUUUGGUGGUGGUUAGGUCUCAAACAAGUUGCUUCCUUGGUGGUGGAUGGGUUUGCUUCUACGGCGGCGACCAGCAGUAGGUUGAUUAGUGCAUGCGUUUGUGUUAGGGUUUGCUCCUUCUAGGUGGUGUUUUGGUUGGGGAAAUUGGGUUUAGUUCGUGGGGAAUUAGGCUGGCUGGUGUUGCUUAUCUCUGAUAGUACAGCAGUUAGGAGUAAAAAAGGUUUGGUUAGCUGAAUAAUUGAUGGGUGAUUUGGUUUGGCAGUCUGAUUUGUGGUUGGUGAGAGUGAAAAACUAGUACUAAUAGUUUCAUAUUAAGUUAUAUGUUAGGUGUUAUGUCCAGUGUCAUAAGCAAGAGAUAUAUUCAUCAGUAUUCAGUAAUAAUUAGGUUGGGUGGUAUGGUCAGUGUCAUCUGUAAGAUAUAUCUUAUGAUCUUUGUCUAGCAUAAUCAUUUUAUGUAUCA